AUGGUGAACGUCACUUACGACGCAUCUGCGUCUUUAAUCGUUACUGAUAAUGCCACUCCCAACCUUUACAACCCCGGAGACAUCGCUUGGGUGCUGGCAUCGACCGCGCUCGUUUGGAUCAUGAUUCCCGGUGUUGGCUACUUCUAUGCUGGGCUCUUGAGGCGAAAGAACGCGCUCUCCAUGAUCUACCUUAGCAUGGUGACAUUAGCUGUCGUCUCUUUCCAAUGGUUCUUCUGGGGAUUUUCUUUGACAUUCAGCGGUACGGCAAGCAGGUUCAUCGGCGAUCUUAAAUACUUCGGUUUGAAAGGUGUGCUAGGCGAACCAUCAAUCGGUAGCACGCGUAUACCCUCUAUUGUCUUCUGCGUGUACCAGCUCAUGUUCGCAGCCAUCACGCCUAUGAUCGCGGUGGGCGGUUUCGCUGAAAGGGGCGCUCUUGGACCUAUCAUGGUAUUCGUCUUCAUCUGGUCUACCAUUGUCUACGACCCGAUUGCUUGCUGGACGUGGAACUCCAACGGCUGGGUGUUUGUUCUGGGUGGUCUCGAUUUCGCAGGGGGAACACCUGUACACAUUUCUUCCGGAACCGCCGCCCUCGCAAUCUCUGUUUACCUCGGAAAACGUCGUGGAUACGGUACUGAGGCACUUGCGUACAAACCUCACAAUACCUCCUAUGUCGUUAUUGGCACUAUCUUUCUCUGGUUCGGUUGGUUCGGCUUCAACGGCGGUUCAGCACUUGCCGCUAACCUGAGAGCUGCACAGGCUUGCAUAGUCACCAACCUCGCCGCCAGCGUCGGAGGUCUCACCUGGAUGCUCUGGGACUAUCGUGUUGAAAGGAAGUGGUCUGCCGUUGGCUUUUGUUCCGGCGCCAUUGCUGGCCUCGUAGCUAUCACUCCUGGAUCUGGGUUUGUGGGCUCGCCCGCUGCGGUCCUAUUCGGUGUCGCGGCCGGCACUGUAUGCAAUUUCGCCACUCAACUAAAAUUCCUCGUUGGAUACGAUGAUUCACUAGAUGUUUUCGCCUCUCAUGCUAUUGGUGGUGUCGUCGGCAACAUUCUGACUGCACUCUUCGCACAACGUAGCGUGGCUGGAUUUGAUGGCAUUACCGUAAUUCCGGGCGGUUGGCUUGACCGUCAUUGGGUACAAUUGGCCAUCCAUCUCGCCGACUCAUCUACAGGCAUCGCCUACUCGUUCGUCGUCACCACCAUCAUACUCUGGGUCAUGCACUAUAUCCCAGGCCUGCGGGUGACGGUGUCUGAGGAGACCGAGAUUGUUGGCAUCGACGAGUGCGAGAUGGGAGAAUUCGCGUACGACUAUGUCGGUCUCGAGACCGAGCUCAAGCCCUCCUUCUCCCGUCCAGUUGCUGAUACCAGGGAGCCUGAUCAUGGUAGCUACAGCAAAGAGAACGUUUGAUUUCAAAUCGUCUCUUUAGCACGUGCAUUGCCAUUUCUCCGAAUGCCUGAUGACAGCCUAUCUAAAUAGGCUAACAAGCACAGUAGUAUUCUCUUGUGUAUUGUGAGGAUUUUUCGUAGCUUCAAUUUGGCCCUAUGAAUCAUAUCUUUGCAGCCGUUACUUUCAAAAUUUUGAUACUGCACAUAUAGAUGUAGAUUCUAUGUUGUUCAUAUUCUAAAACACACACUCCUUUGCGGUUACAC